AUGGUUCGAACCAAUGUCAGACUGACUAAUGGUCAGCCAAAAUUACACGUGAAUUUAUUCAAAUCGGAACUUCGCACUGAGCAGUACGAAGAAGCAAUGAAAAGUAUCCUGAACAAUCCAUACAAAGAUAAUGCUCGAACAUGCUUAAGAGAGAUGAUGGCAAAACUGGUGGAGCAAAAGCUAACAAAUACUAUUGUUGAAAUGUUUUACUUCACCAUGGAAAGAGAGAGAGCACUUCUGUCGUCGGCACGAUUGGCAAUUUUUGAUGCAAAUUGCGAUGCCAAAGCGGAGAGGGAAUGUGACACUCCGCCACCAACGAAACUUGAAGAAAUUUUUGAGCAGCUAAUUGCAAAGAAGCUUUUUGAUCGCGCUUGGGAAAUAUGCAAGGUAUUCGAACUCAAACCGUAUCCACUAAUAAAAGCACUAGCUCUUGAAUGUAUGAAUCUUGAUAUGAAUCCGCAGAAAGGUGAAGCAGACUGGGUUGCGAAAGGACGAAAGCAUCUCACAAUGGUAGUGAGUCUUAACAAACGACAUUGGGAAAUUUUGCGAGCAUAUUUAAAACUGGCAAUCAAAAAUAGUCCAGCAGAUCCGAAGAUACUCUGGACAAUUACCUAUACGUUCCUUGAGCAUAAAUGGCCGAUUCCUGUGUGGUUAACUAGAAUGCAUGAGGAUUUGUACGCUGGCGAAUAUGCUCAUCUGCUGAUAAUGUUCGAUCAUCUUCACUUGGCUUUUAUGUCGCUAAGAAGAAAAUUGAUCGUAGAAACGGGAAGGCUUAGAUCACGUUAUUGGCUUCUGCGUACAUGGAUACCAGCCACUGAGAUCGAUUGGCUACUGUGGUUAAUCAGCAAAAGAGAUGAUCCUGAAUUGAAUGAGGUGAAGUUUUUGAAAAAAUUUUGUUACCGAAAUAUUGGUAGAGCUCAUUUCUGUCGUGCACCAAGGCAACCGUAUAAAGCUCGUUUUUGA